GGCCGGCCUGAAGAGCAUCGUCGACGCCGAAGUCAAGAUCACCAUCUCCUCCGCCGGGCACAGAAUCGCCACUUGCGAGAAACCGUAUUACACCGUUACGGUCAAGGAGAACGUCCCGCAAAACACCGCCGUCGACAUUAUGAAGAACACCGCGACAGUGCCAGCCUCACCAACGGGCGAACGGCCAAGCAGGUUUUAUCUGGCAAGAGAGGAAGCUGAUCUCUCGUUGGAUCCCAAUACGGGGAUGCUGCGGAUUCGACAGCCGUUCGAUCGGGAAUCACGUGACAAAUACAUUCUCAGCAUCGAGGCACGUAAUGGCGGCUCGGUUGGAUAUUGCCAGAUGGAAUUGAUCGUAGAAGACGUGAACGACAACGCGCCGUCGUUUCGAACGAGCACCGUCCGCAUCUCGGUGCCAGAGUCGCACCCUCUCCACGUACCCCUGUACGUGGCGCAUGCCAUCGACCCCGACAUUACGUCGUCGCUGUCAAUACGCUACGUCCUCCGUCAGAACAGCAACAAUCUGUUCGGGAUAGUCGAGGACACUGGCGAGCUCUAUUUGGCGAAGCGAUUGGAUUACGAGACCCAGCAGAGGCAUGGCCUCUUGAUAAGUGCCCUGGACGGCGCCGAGCUCUCGUCUAACCUCAGCCUGAGCGUCGAGGUGCAGGACGUGAAUGACAACCCCCCAGUGUUCGAGAGGAACGAGUAUCACGUGGAGGUUCCCGAAGGCGCCAGGCUCGAUUCCCAGAUUCUUCAGGUGACAGCGGUGGAUCUGGACACUGGAAAUAACGCGAGACUGAGUUACCGUCUUCAAGGCUCCACCGCUUUUCGCAUCAGCCCCAACACCGGCUGGAUCUACCUGGCGCAGAGCUUGGAUCGCGAGACUCUCGAUCGGCACGCUCUGACGGUCCUCGCAACCGACAACGGCUCACCCGCGGCGACCGCGAGUGCUUCCGUGCUGGUGAUGGUCCUAGACGAGAACGACAACGAUCCACAGUUCGAAAAGGACUUCUACGGAUUCGAGCUGCUCGAGAAUCUACCCUCGGGCAUUCUGGUGGGCUCCGUGAGCGCCAACGAUCCCGACAUCGGCAAGAACUCGCUUCUCAGAUACGCAGUGGUCCAGGCUAACAGCAGCUUCACCGUCGAUCCAGACACAGGCGAGAUCACCACGCGCGAGCCGCUCGACCGUGAAACGAAGAGCGUCCACGAGCUGGUGCUGGAGGCGCGAGACCAAGGGACACCGUCGAGAGCAGCCAGAGUGUCUCUGAAGGUCACGGUACUGGACGUCAACGACAACUCGCCCGAGAUCGUCGAUCCUCAGGGGGACGUGGUCAGCGUCAGGGAGGAGCAGCCGCCGGGAACGGAGGUCGCCAAAGUGCGGGCGCUGGACACGGACCUCGGCGAGAACGCCUCGGUGACGUACAGCAUCACGAAAGACCGAGACUCGGACGGCUACAAUGUCUUCACCAUCGACCCGAUCACCGGCAUGAUCAGGACCAAGGCCGUGCUCGAUCACGAGGAGCGCAACGUGUACCGGGUGUCCGUAAGGGCGGCCGACGCCGGUCAUCCGCCGCGACACAGCGAGCGCGUGUUGCGAGUCGAAGUUCUGGCACUCGCGGAUAACCGGCCGACCUUCACCAGCAGCAGCCUCACCUUUAACGUGCGCGAGGACGCGAGUAUCGGACACGCAGUGGGAUCGGUAUCGGGAGCGGGUCCUGCGGGUCGAGUGGCCUUCACUUUGGACUCGCUAACGCCGAUCAGCGAGUUUCCGGCUUUCGACGUCGACCGCAGCUCGGGCCAGCUGGUAGUCGCUCACUCGCUCGAUCGCGAGAAUGUAAGCGAGUAUCACUUGGAGAUCCGCGCGUUAGACACGACUUCGCUCGGGAAUCCUCAAAGCAUCGCUGUUUCCGUGAAGAUCGUCAUAGAGGAUGCCAAUGACAAUUCGCCGAGUUGGCCGCAAGAUCCGAUUAUCGUUCGCGUGUCCGAGAGAGCAGCGAUUGGCUCCACCAUUUACAACCUCACGGCCAGCGACCUCGACAGCGGCUUGAACGGAGAACUCAGAUACAGUCUUGUAGCCGAGUUCCCAUCUAAGGGCUGCUUCACCGUGGACUCGCUGACCGGCGCCUUGACGCUGGCCAAGCAACUGGAUAGGGAAGAGAGGGCGGAAUACACUCUGAUUCUCAAAGCAUCGGACCGGGCGUUACCAGGGGAGCAGCUGGCCUCUACAGUCACCGCGAGAGUCAUCGUUCUCGAUCAGAACGACAACGAUCCCGUCUUCGUCGCGCCAGAGUUCACCAAGAUAAACGUCGCGGCGAAUUUUCCGCCUGGUGCUAGCCUGGUAAGAGUCGUUGCCGUGGACAGGGACUCUGGCGACAACGGUCGGAUAUCUUAUGUGAUAACAUCGGGCAACGAGGAGUCGCGGUUCACCGUGGGCUAUGAAUCGGGUAUCGUGAGCCUCACGAAACCCAUCACGAAGCCCGCGAAUCUCGAGAUCACGGCCAACGAUCAUGGGUCGCCACCCCGCAAGGCCGUGCUGAAGCUGAGUCUGAACCCGGUGGCGGCGCAGACAAGCGGACCUCCUCGGCUACUGUUGCCUAACCCGAUCGCUAAGAUUUCUGAGACACUCCACAUUGGGGGACACGUGGCGAACGUUGCGGGACCAGCGAUUGCGGAUCAAGGUAAUGUCACCUUCAGCAUCCCGAGCAACAUAGCAUCGAAUAUGUUCGUCAUAACACCCAACGGUGAAGUCAUUCUUAAGAGAAUCUUGGAUCGCGAGGAAGUUGCGCGCUACUCAGUCUCCAUCCUAGCGAGGUCCAACAAGCUUCUGGACAUCACGACUCUGGAAGUGAUAGUGUUGGACGAGAACGAUAACAAGCCAGAAUUUCGGCCGGGUUCUUGUUACACCCUCGCCGUGCCGGAGAAUCUGAAGACCUCCGUGAUCCACACCGUGGCCGCGAACGAUCUCGACGAAGGGAAGAACGGCGAGAUCUCCUACAGUAUCGUAGGCGGCAACAUCGGCGCCAAAUUCGCGUUGGACCCGAACACGGGGGUGUUGUCAAUGUCGAAUCUGGAUCGCGAGACCGUGCCCAAGUACGUUCUGACGAUCUUGGCCAAGGACAAGGGAAGAUCGAGCCAGGAGGUGCACUGCAACCUCACCGUCGUCGUCCUGGACAUCAACGACAAUGCUCCGAUUUUCGUGCAGAAUCAGUACACCGGGUCCAGCUCGCACGGCUUCCCAUACGGAUCGUCGAACUAUCCGGCGAAUUACCAUCUCGCCAAGUACGUGACGACCAUCUCGGAGGACGUCCCGCCGGACUCGAGCGUGAUGUCCGUGAAGGCGACUGAUCCGGACCAGGGUGUGAACGGGAAGAUCACGUACGCCAUCUUCGAGGAGACCAGCUGGCUCUUCAGGGUCGACAACCUGACCGGCGUCGUUACUACGGCCGGCCCACUGGACCGUGAACGCCAAAGCAGUUACACUUUCUUCGUGGUUGCCACGGAUAGCGGCAGAUACGACGCAAAAAGCACGUCAAUACUCGUCGAAAUAAAUGUCAGCGACGUAAACGAUAACGCGCCGAUUUUCGAGGAGUACCCCUUUCGGACACGUGUACCUAUCGGCACGCAGCCGGGUCAGAACAUCCUCCGGGUGUCGGCCAAAGAUGCCGACGACGGCGCAAACGGUGAUAUCGUGUACUCAUUGAUAAACGAGCAGGAGAAACCGAAAUUCAGGAUACACCCUAGCACCGGUGAGGUAACGGCAAGUUUGUCGUUGUCGCAAGAUAAUGGUAAGACGUAUCACCUGGAAGUGCUGGCCCAGGACAAAGGUAACCCGCCCAAGAGCGCAAAGGGUUUAAUCGAACUCCAAGUCGGCGAUCUCACGGAUCUGACUCCCAGCCUGAAGUUCCAGAAUGACACGUACAACGUAGUCGUUCAGGAAAACUCGGCGGCCGGCACGGAGAUUGUCAAGAUCACCGCGGUGCGUACCGAUGGGAGGAGGCAGCAUGUCACCUAUUCGAUCGCGUCGGGAAACGACUAUGAUACUUUCGCGAUCGACGAGGACACCGGUCUGUUACGGGUCAACGAUCCUACCAGGCUGGACGCGGAGCUCUGGAACGACUUGACGAUAAAGCCCGAUAACGAGCUGCCGGACGACGCGGCGCGCACCAAUUCGUGGGGUAGAUCCUUGGAGGGCCAGCAGCCGAAGGAAGAGCCCAGGGAGAGCUCGAGACAUAUUCUCAACGUAGCGGCGAGGACGGCGGGCCAGGAGGUCCUGGAGGCGUAUGUCAAAGUGAUCGUCAGGUUGUCCGAUGUCAACGAUAAUCCACCAAUCUUUACGCAAAUACAGUACUCGGCCACUGUACUCGAGGGCAAUACCAAAGGAGACUUUGUCAUAAAGGUGAAAGAACUUUAUCAUAGUUUUCACGUUUAUAUUUGGUGCAUUACACCUCUUUGCACAAUGAAACAAGGUAUUAAAAUACGAAGCGAAGUUACACGCACAUUUUCUUAAAAAUGUGUCUUCGUGACGCUUUGAAAUAGGCCUCUCAACUCGCGUAAAGAUACACAGUCGGUCUCGCUACUUUCUCUAUGAGGAAGCAAUACAUAUGUGAUGUAUAAAAAUCUAUUAGGGAAUUAUUCUCAUGAAGAAAGGGUCUAAAGGAAAACACGAUAUACAAUUAAGAUUACGCAAAGGUGCAAAUAUUUAUUUGUACUUUACCUGUCGUAUAUGUAUCAAAGUUUAGAUAUAAAAAUAUAGAUGAUAUAAAAAUAUAU